AGUAAGAACUCAAAGCCUCGUCUCAGCUUAAAAGCAGCUGGUUGAAACGGUGUCCGGAUACAUUGCAUUCAGCAUUGGACGAAAGAAGUGCUGUGCGUAAAGCAUAUCAUCGUGCAGACUCAUCAUGGAACUGCCAAAGUACAAGAUACAGCUCCACACUCACCUGGAAACGCACGCCAGGAUUUCAACCGUGUGGGAGCUAGAAAGCAAAAAGAAGUUGGGCCUCGGAUACACCAGUGCCGAAGACUUCAAACGCAAAGUACGGCCCGAGAAAGCAUCUACACUCCGCAACUAUCUCAAGGAGAUCGUCCAUUAUUACAGACUCUUCGUAGGGGAUCGUGAUGCCGUGGUUCGUUUGGCGUACGAAGCCGGAGUGGACCAGGCCAACCAAGGCAUUCUCUACACCGAGAUGCGGAUAUGUCCUUACACGGCGGCUACGGAUUUUACCCACUUGAAAGGCUACACCGGGGCUCCGUCGACGCUCAAGACUCCCGAGGACGUCAUCGAGGCCAUACUGGAGGGCUUCAAGAAAGCGGAAGCUGAGCAUGACAUCCAAUUGCGUCUCGUCCUCGGCAUGUUUAGGGACAAGCCCGAGUGGUCACGAGACCUUCUGGAUCUGGUGGAAAAGUACAAGGACAGGGGAGUCGUUGGCAUCGACGUCACAGGUGUAAUUGGAAAUGAGAAAAUGAGCGAGGAGUACGGGGAAGAGAUUCUCGGCCCGGACACUAUUGCUACGUUUCAGAAAGCCGCAGUACGGGGCAUCCGGCGUAUCGCGCAUGCUGGCGAGGCUGGUCCUCCGGGGAAUAUCAAACGCGCCAUCGAGGUCCUCAAGGCAGAACGGAUCGGCCACGGUUACUCAGCAAUAGCUGAAGGCGGUGAAGCCUACAAGUUGGCACUGGAGAGGGGGAUCCACUUCGAGCAGAACAUUACCAGCAGCUACCUGACCGGAGGUGUUAAGGAGGGCCAAGUGCAUCCAAUCCUAAGACUGAUCCGAGACAAAGCCAGCUUCUCCAUCAACUACGACGGUCCCACAAUCACCCAAGUCACCAUGGAUCACGAAUACCAGCUUCUGCUAUCAAUGGGAGCAAACGUCUGCGACAUCAUCGACUCUAACUUGUCGGCGAUCAAAGCGUGCUUCCUGCCGGAGAAAGAGAAAGAAGCACUCAUGAAGAAAUACAAGAAGCUGAACGGACUCGAAAAUUACGAACCAAGAAAGUGAACAAAGCCCAAACGCUGCCCGUCGAAACCGGAAUGUCCAAGUGUAUACCCAGUGUCGAGUAAACUUGUUCUGUGUCAUGCA